AUGGACACGUUUCUGGAUGGUGAUAUGGCCGACAAACCAACGGGAACGGGUGUUGCAUCUUGGACUGACUCAAGUACUGCGGAAGUGAACAGCGCGACAGGGUUACCCGUGACUGAGAUAGUAGCUACAAGCACAUUACAGUUCAGUCAGCCUACAAACACUUUAAUGGCGACACAACUGGCAUCCAGUUGUCCACCGAUUUUCAACCUGGGAGGAGAGCAAACCUCUGGUCAGCCUGGCAGAGAGUCGUCUACCGUUCCGGAUGCGUGUGUGCUGCAACGUGCCAGUACUAACCUUACACAGUCGGUUAAUGCUGCUAUCAUCCCUACACUAGAACAUACAGUGAAGGAGCAAUUUCCAAACUUCCGUAAAUCCCUUAGAAGUUUGGAGGAAGGGAAAAGCAAGCUUGAUGCUCUCACUCCUAUACUGCAACAACCAGCGAAGGGCAUUCAUCCUGAAUCAUAUUCUGCUGCUGAGCCCGUGACGGGAGCGUGUUCAUCCGGCUUGUCGCGAGUGAGAGAUACUAGUUCUUCCACCAGUUGUUAUCCUACACAGCCCACCAAAUAUUCUACCACUCCUACACUGGAACCGACUUUCGAGCGAAUACCGGGAACUAUGCACAUCACAUCACGUACAGACUUUUGGUCUGAACAUGCUGUCAUCGGAAUCGCCUCCCAGUCUAAACCCAGUUCUGAGAACGUACAUUACACUUACCUGAGUAACGCUGCUUCUCCGUUAGCCGUUAGUACGUCACAACGGAAACUCCAAGAGGACGUAUACCUUGGGCAGAGAACCAGAGAUUUCCGACCAUUUCGAUAUUCCUCUCAACCCCAUAUCAGUAACGUCACUGCAAGUAGUUAUACACCAUCUAAACACAAUAAGGUCGACAAAGUGUCUUUAGACGUUAGCCGCUCCGCAGUAUCAUCGACACCUCGUUUGGACAAUACAGCAUCGUUCUCUGGUAAUGUCCAAGGUACAUCGCAUUCAAGUAUUGGCUUGUUCGCUAGCAACAAAGAUAUUGUCCCACAACAACAACGACAGCAGCAGCAACACCAACAACAUCAACAUCAACAACAACAACAACAACAACAACAACAACAACAACAACAACAACAACAACAACAACAACAACAACAACAACAACAACAACAACAACAACAACAACAACAACAACAACAACAACAACAACAACAACAACAACAACAACAACAACAACAACAACAACAACAACAACAACAACAACAACAACAACAACAACAACAACAACAACAACAACAACAACAACAACAACAACAACAACAACAACAACAACAACAACAACAACAACAACAACAACAACAACAACAACAACAACAACAACAACAACAACAACAACAACAACAACAACAACAACAACAACAACAACAACAACAACAACAACAACAACAACAACAACAACAACAACAACAACAACAACAACAACAACAACAACAACAACAACAACAACAACAACAACAACAACAACAACAACAACAACAACAACAACAACAACAACAACAACAACAACAACAACAACAACAACAACAACAACAACAACAACAACAACAACAACAACAACAACAACAACAACAACAACAACAACAACAACAACAACAACAACAACAACAACAACAACAACAACAACAACAACAACAACAACAACAACAACAACAACAACAACAACAACAACAACAACAACAACAACAACAACAACAACAACAACAACAACAACAACAACAACAACAACAACAACAACAACAACAACAACAACAACAACAACAACAACAACAACAACAACAACAACAACAACAACAACAACAACAACAACAACAACAACAACAACAACAACAACAACAACAACAACAACAACAACAACAACAACAACAACAACAACAACAACAACAACAACAACAACAACAACAACAACAACAACAACAACAACAACAACAACAACAACAACAACAACAACAACAACAACAACAACAACAACAACAACAACAACAACAACAACAACAACAACAACAACAACAACAACAACAACAACAACAACAACAACAACAACAACAACAACAACAACAACUACAACAACAAUAA